AUGAAUAGUAAAGAAAUUAGAAUAGUUGCGUUAUUAAUUCUUGAUACGGUAUUUUUCUUACUUGAAGCUAUUAUUGGGUAUACUGUCCAUUCAUUAGCAUUAAUUGCUGAUUCAUUUCAUAUGUUAAAUGAUAUUAUCUCAUUAAUCAUUGCUUUAUGGGCCGUUAGAGUUAAAAAUACUAAACCUGCCGAUGGGAAAUAUACUUAUGGUUGGCAAAGAGCCGAAAUUUUAGGGGCAUUAAUUAAUGCAGUAUUUUUAUUGGCAUUAUGUUUUACAAUUAUUAUGGAUUCUAUACAAAGAUUUUUUGAACCACAAGAAAUUUCUAAUCCUAAAUUGAUUUUAAUUGUUGGGAUUGCUGGAUUAGUAAGUAAUGGAGUAGGAUUAGUUUUAUUCCAUGAACAUGGUCACUCUCAUUCUCAUGGUGGUGGUGGUGGUGGUGGAAGCGACCAUUCUGGAGAUUCUAAAUCACAUUCACAUUCACACUCACAUUCUCAUGGGGAAGCUACUACUUUCUCACAAGGUGAUGAAGAAGAACAUAUUGGCACCGAAGAAAAUGAACAUACACCAUUAUUAUAUAAUAUUACUCAUACGACUAUGAAAUCUACACCAUCUGAAGUAUUUGAUUAUUUACCAGAUAAUGUUGUUGAAAGAUAUUCCAAUUAUCAACCUUCAUUUUCUGGUCAAUCACCAUUAAAUGGCACAUCAGCCAAUUCUUCUGAUGCUAAUACCGUGGUUAAUAAUAAUAAUACACUGGAUCAUAGUGGAACUAACAACAACACUCCUCAAUCAGCAUUACAAAAGAUUAAACAAAAAUCUAUGAAUAUGGAAGGAGUAUUUUUACAUGUAUUAGGAGAUGCCUUGGGUAAUAUUGGUGUUAUAAUCACAGCAUUAGUGAUUUGGAAAACUGAUUAUUCAUGGAGAUUUUUAGCUGAUCCAAUUACAUCAUUAUUUAUUACAUUAAUAAUUCUUAAUUCAGCAUUACCUUUAGUACGUAAAGCCCUGAGAAUUUUAUUACAAAGUGCACCCCCUUAUAUUGAUUCAAAUUUAAUUGUUAAUCAAAUUAAACAAUUACCUUUGAUUAAAAAUAUUCAUGAUUUUCAUGUAUGGAAUUUAAAUGAAGAUAUAUUGAUUGCUAGUUUACAUAUUGAAUUAAAUCCAAAUUGUGAAGUUAAUUUGCCAUUGCCGUUACCUUCUAAUGGUGGUGAUAAUAAUAAUAAUAAUACUAAAAAUGGUUCCAAUGGGGAUUCACUGAUUGAUGAAGAACAAGACCAAGACCAAGAAUUAGAAUUAGAAGAAGCUCCUUCACAAAUUGAUAGGAAAUUAUUUUUAGCAGCUGUUGGUCAAGUUAGAGAAGUUUUACAUAUUUAUGGUAUUAAUUCAGUUACUAUACAACCUGAAUUUCUGAAUAGUAAAAAAGUGUGUCGUCUGAUUUUCUAA